AUGACAGAAGCUGAAAAGUCGGUUAACGCUACUUUCAUCGAAGCAAAAGCCCAGGUCUUGAACAAAGCCUACUGGUAUCACGGUCUGAUGCCUCGAGAUGAGAUAUCUGAUCUUCUGAAGCACGACGGCGACUUCCUUGUGCGGAGGUCUGAACUCGGCCUCAAUCAGAAGUUGGUAAUCUCGAUGAGAUGGAGCAGAGUGCGGCACAUGUUCAUCAAGGUGACACCUGAGGCUCGCUUUAACAUCACCGACUUGCUCAAUUUUGAGAACGUCGAACGGUUGAUUUGCUUCUAUAUGGUAUUUUUUAUCAUUGACGUAAUAUAUGAUGGGAGUACUUGUAUCAUGUACAACAUCUGAUUGUAGGGAUCGAAAGCAGAGAUUUUCCGUGAUGGAGCCAAACUGAUGAGACCCAUCAAGCGGCCAGAAUGGUGUCUGUUUCACGAGAACAUCAAGCUCAACAAGAAGGUAGGAUCCGGUAGUUUUGGAGACGUCUACAUUGGAAAACUGACCGACAAGGACAAGAAGCUGGACGUGGCUGUGAAGAUGCUAAAGGGGAAGCUCGGGAAGAAGGAACGGAGUGGAUUCGUGAAGGAAGCGUCCUUGAACAGACGGUUCAAUCACCCCAACAUUGUCAGACUGCUUGGCAUCGCUGCCCAACAAGAUCCCAUCAUGGUGGUUCUGGAGCUAGCUUCAGGAGGAUCUCUCAAGGGAUACCUGCAGAAGAACCCUGAUGCUAGCGUCGAAAGAUUAAACAAGUAAAUUUUAGCCCAUUCUGUUUCGUACCGGAUGGCUACAUUCAAUCACCUGUACAGGCGAUCGAAGUAUAAUAGUGCAAAAAGUGUUAAACUUGUCUCAAAAAUAUUUUUACAGGUUUUUGUUAGACGCUGCGAAGGGACUGACAUAUUUGUCAAGUUUGAACGUGACUCACAGGGACAUUGCCGCUCGUAACUGUCUACUGGCAGAAGAUCUUACGGUCAAGAUAUCUGAUUUUGGACUAUCGAUUGCAGAAGCUCAGGUGAAAGAGAAAAAGUAAGUUGGGGUGCUGUAUUAAUACGUUUAAAAUGUUCUCUGAUCGGUUGUAUAGAAAACAAUGUCUUUUUGCCAAUAAGCCUUAUUUUAGAUUGUCCAAAGUCCCGACCAAAUGGCUGGCACCAGAAACUUUGGGUCAGGGUGUUUUCUCCACUAAAACUGAUGUCUACACAUACGGUAAGCGGGCCGAACUUUACUUAAAAAUUCUGUUGGUGCAAACUUAUAAUGUUUCAGGAGUCAUGAUGUGGGAAGUAUAUACCUACUGCAAGGCCGACCCUUACAGUAAGAUUACUAACCUGGAAGCGCGACAGGCCAUCCAGGCAGGCAAAACACUGGAGAUUCCGACGAUAACACCCCUUUUCGCUUGCAAGAUCAUGGAGGACUGCUGGAAGAAAGACCCCGACGCCAGACCCACUUUCGGUCAGAUUGCCGAGCGAUUUGAAGCCGCAAUGAAACUUAACUAA